AUGAGUGAAAUACGAGAACCGGCACGGAUUGAAUGUCUUCCUGUCGAAAUCAUUCAGACGAUUUUUCUGCAUUGCGUUGAAUUCAAUUUUCCCCGCGCUUCGAUCCAUAUCGCCAGGGCUCUCUCCGAUCCGGUAAUAUAUACAUGGCUUAUACGACUUGCAUUUACUAUCGACAACCACGAAACUCGCGACAUCUUGACUCCGGAGUAUUUGCCUCCGCCGCUUGACUUUCAUGGCCUCUCCAAGCAGGAACGGACAGACCUGCAGAACGCUAUUCUUGGGACACGAUGGUGCACAUUACCGGUGAUGCGGAAAUGCCAAGCAGGAUUCCUCAAACACGUUAUCUCGAUCCAAUGCAACCAUCUGGACAUUCCCUCACCAGAGGACAAAAACAAGCUGUCGAACCUGGAGCAGCACUUCGAGGAGUCAACCAGCAUUACUGACACCCAGGGUAUUCCCCGUGCGAACCCAUUCGAGGACCUUAAGAUCCCUGCAAUGCGUGAAAUCAUCCCCGGCCGUCCAGACACCUACGAUGACUGCGUACUUAGUAUCUGGUUCAACUCGGGCCUCGUAGUGCUCGGCAGACCCGUGGACGAAUCGUUUACCGCCGGCGAGGGGGGAUACAGACUACCAGCAUGCCCAUCCACCGCGCCGCGCAUGCCAGACAAACUGCUCCGUCCACCAUACACACCCGACAAACUCAGCUUCCUGACCCUCCUAGCAGAAGAAGCGUACAUCGACGAGGACGAGAAUUUCGACUGCUCGAGGCGCAUCCUGCGACGGGUGAUUCGCGACCGGGACUUGGCUACGUUCCAACGACUGUUGAAAUUGUGCAUUCGGCUCAAGUGCUAUAAUUACUCUAGGCCUUGGCCGCUGCUGCCGUGCCAUUUCCGCGCUGCGAUGAAAUACGCGGAGGAGCGGAAUGAUCCGUUUAUCAGGUUUCUGGUCGAGGAGUGUUGGUAUCUUGUCCCGGAGGAUAUACAGCUAAAGGAUGAGUUGCUGAGGAGAUAUGCGAAGGAUAACGCGGCUGGGGUUGGGUAUAAGUAG